AUGCUACACGAGAUUCCAAACGACGCUACCCGAUUGAGUGCCUCUGAGGUGACAGCCGAGAAAUUGACGCCCGAUCGUGAACGAUGGCUGUCGAGUAUGAGAAGAAAGGUAGCCCGUGCCCUCGAAGGAACCCGAUUUACCGCACCGCCUCGUCGACGAAGCAUCAGCGAGAGCAGCGACGCCUUCACCCACGAUAUCACCCAUAUUACAUCCUCAUCGUCUGGUGAAAAUGAGGAGGAUUGCGCGCGAAAAGCCGCUUCUGCCUCGCCGCCCAGGGACAAGGAGCCGAAGCACUUGAUGGCGGUUGCAGGGCAUACUCAUUCUACGUUACUUUCCCCUGGACAACAAGCCCGAAAAGGCUCGACGUUCUCGAUCGUCAACCGUGAACGGGUGAUAAACUCAAUAUUCUCGCCCGUAUCGUUUUUCAACAAGCGCCGAAAGCAGACGAAAGCUGAGAAAAGGGCUCACAAGGCUUUCCGUACGAUCACCUUUAUCGUCGGCUGUUUCGCCAUUUUGUGGUCACCGUAUUACGUUAUGGCGACCAUCUACGGGUUCUGCAAGGGAGAGUGCAUACCAUCGCUGCUCUACACCCUCUCCUAUUAUAUGUGCUAUUUGAAUAGCAGCGGUAACCCAUUCGCCUACGCGCUCGCCAACCGGCAGUUCCGAUCGGCGUUUAUGAGAAUGUUGAAGGGCGAUUUCAACCCCAGGCGA